AAUGGUUGUCCCUGCCUCCACCACCAUCAUGCUUAGUCUUUUCGAUAUGAUAUUUGUGCUACGGUCCCUGGUCUUGUCACAGGCAAUCUCGGUGCCACCAGCUGGCGCACUACAACCCAAAGGGUCUAUAACUUGACCCUGAGGGCGGCGUGCAGCCCCAUACUGGCCCAGUUAUCUCAUCCUUCUUUGCGAUGCUGAGAAGGGUUCACAGAAUCGAGGGUCAGCCAGGACUAUACAAGGGAUUGAGCUUGUUCCCAAUAAUAACCAUACCAUCUGGCACGUAUGGCCCAGUGCCUUCCCCUCUAGUCGUUCUCGAAGUCAUUUUUAUCAGACUUUCUAUUCAACGGAACCACGCAGUUCCUGAAUUAAACUCCCCCUCACAGGAGGACGGCGAAGCUGAGGAAGCAACGGAGUGUGCCGGUGCUUGAUGAGAACGUCAUUUGCCUGAGAACCGAGUGGGAGCCAUAUGUCGGCUUAGUUGAUCAUGCGAAGAGGAUUAUCGAAGGGGAAGGCUGGAGCGCGUUGUAUCGUGCAUGGUGGUUCACGAUAGUUCGCAGCCUGAGCAGCGCACUCUCGUGAAUAUUCUCAUUUUUCUGGUCCGUGCCAACUUUCCAUAAUGAAGAUUCGCUUCGAAUCGGCAACAUACUAUGUGUUAACGUUGUACUUGGCCGCCCCCUUGUUAUCCAUCUGACAGUUGCCUGUAUCAUCUAAUGUAUGUACUUCGUAUGUCAGAUGCCCAAGUGCGUCAUCGUCCGAUUGAUUUCUUCCGCACCGUACGAAA